AUGGUGAGUUACGCCAAACUCACUCGCCCUAUGUAUGUUGGUUAUUCUAGUGGAUAUUUUAUUAUUAAAACUAAUUCAACAUGUCUCCUAAUCAAUCCAUUUACAAGGAUAAAGAAGGUAAUCAAUUCAUCAUCACUCUUUGGAUUUGAUUACACCAUUGAUCAGUUUCAUGGCUUGCUUGCUUUUCAAAAAUGCUCUGAGGAAUUUGUGUUAUUGGUUUUAUGCAAAAAGUAUGGCAGUUUGUAUGCCUAUCAGUCUCGAAAUAAUAGUUGGGUUACUUAUUUCAGAAAAGGAAAGCGAGAGAUGAUUCAUGACAUUAUGGUUUUGAAUAACAUAAUAUAUGCUGUGACUAACAAGGGCAGAAUAGGUGUAGUCAGUUUAAAUUCGGCAAUUAUUAAAUUUCGAAAACUGAAGAAUACUCCCAAUAUAGUCACCUUUUCAAACCUUUACUUGGUUAACUAUGACGAGCAACUUUUAGUGGUUGGAUUAAAUCCUGUUAGAUUUGGCAGGCUUGACAGGGCAGUUUACAAGAUAGACUGGUUAACCAUGAGGUAUGUUGCAUUGAAAAGCUUGGGUGACAUUGCAUUGUUUCAUGUUAAGGGAAAAUGCUGUAAGUCAUUGAGCAACCCAAAUAGGUGGGGAUAUGAGAGUAACUCUGUGUAUGAAGUUGACUUUCAUUUUAACAAAUAUAGUGUGUAUAAUUGGGAUAAAGAAUGGGAUCAAAAAUAUAUGGAGUUUCCAAGGACAAGACGAGACUCAUUGCAAUCAUGGCUGAGUGAAUAUGAUUGGUGUUGUAAUCAAAAAUAUGAAGUAGAUUAUUCUCUAGUUGAGUAA